AGCGCCCUGGUAACCGAGGGUCCCUUGUUGUCAUUUCCUUUAAUUUCUUUAUUUUAUCGAAAAUUUACCAAAAUAGGGAUCAAAAUGUCGGCUCGACGCGCCACCCACGCUGGCAGUUGGUACACGGACUCUGCGACUGAGUUAUCCCGGCAACUGGAAGGGUGGCUAGGACAGGCUGACUUAUCCCAUGGCCCAGCAAGAGCAAUCAUUGCGCCACAUGCUGGGUACCAGUACAGUGGGGCAGUAGGUGCUCAUGCCUACCGACAAGUUUCACCGGUUGUUGUGAAACGAAUAUUUGUUUUGGGUCCUUCACACCAUGUACGUUUGUCAGGCUGUGCACUCUCAUCUCAUAGCAAGUACCGCACCCCUUUCUACGAUCUCAUAGUUGAUCAACAAGUGUACAAUGAAUUGUAUCAGACAGGCCACUUUGAGACGAUGAGUGUAUCGGCAGAUGAGGACGAGCACAGCAUUGAAAUGCACUUGCCCUACAUAGCAAAGGUUAUGGAAGAUUUCCGGGACCAGUUCACCAUCGUCCCCAUCCUAGUUGGGUCACUCACGCCGGAGCGAGAAGUACACUAUGGGAGGCUGCUUGCGCCCUAUCUUGCAGACCCUCAGAGCUUAUUUGUGAUCUCCUCUGACUUCUGCCACUGGGGUCAGCGCUUCCGUUACACCUACUACGACCGCUCUGUCGGGGAGAUCUGGCAGUCGAUACAGAAGCUCGAUAAGCAGGGGAUGAAUUUGAUUGAGACUUUAAACCCGAGUGCCUUUACCGAGUACCUGAAAAAGUACGGCAACACCAUCUGUGGCCGCCAUCCUAUUGGCGUCUUGCUCAAUGCGGUUGCAACUCUCCAAAAGACAAGCAAUGGCCACCGCAUGUUGCUCAAAUUUUUGCAAUAUGCCCAGUCUUCGCAAUGCUACACUUCAUCUGAUUCUUCCGUGUCGUAUGCUGCCGCCUCUCUCAUAUUUGAAUAAACCUUAGGUGCCCUUGCAUGAGGCGUAUUCUUGAGGUGGAGUGUGAUAGCUUGAGAGGUGAUGAUGAUGAUGACUCAAAGAAAUACUUAUCUAUGCAUUAUAAGUUAAUAUGUCUUUAAGGUUGGGAAGGUUGAGGAAAUAGAUUAAUGAGAAGAGCUAGAUAUAUAUGUAUUACUUUCAAGAAAAGACCAGAAAGGAAGAUAAAUUGUUUAAACUUGGGUAGAGCACACUAUGAUUCAAAAUAUUUAUUAAUGAUCUUUUUCAAUAUAGUUCAACUUUGGAUUUGUAUGUUUUGAAGGAGGUUGGUGAAGAAAUUUUUUUUAUUUAUUUAUUUUUUUUUUUUUCUCUUACCCUGUUUAGAAAAUCACAGCCCUAACUUGCACACACUAUCCACUCAAAAUAACGUAUUAUAGAUGAAUGUCACAUAGCUCCUCUCUCAAAAUGCGUCUCAAUUUAGGGCCAAAAGGGGGGCUGGCUGGCAAUACUGCCGCUUCUUCUGUCACGAGUGAGAGCGAAACACCUUCCCACUCGGAUGUAAAGAAUUGUUGACCAAUUUCCAGUCUUGGGGCAGAUAUGUGGGAUGCUUUUAGGGCAGGGAGGUGAUAUCCCUCACCUUGGAAGGCCCCACUAGGCUCGAGGGUUGGAGAUUGUGUUGUCCUUUUUUUUAUCUUAUUUUCUUUUUUCUUUUUUUUUUAUUUUGGUGAUUUGACACUCAGGGCCAUUUUAUAACACGUGCUUAUAAUGAAUAUAAUAAUGAUGUGUGUGUUUUGGGGUUAUGGUCUUAUUUUAUGACGAUCAAUCCC